AUGGUCAAAAAAGCGAUGAAGAAGGUCGUCAAAAAAGUCCCUAGGGCGGACAGAAGCGACACCGCAGAGCCUGCACCAGCCUCAACAACACCUAUGAAGGCGAGGAAGAAAGCUGCGAAAAAGACGAGCAAAGCAGCUGAUGUUGAGACACCAGAUGCAUCUGCGACCGAAGUCCCUGAUGCAUCAGCAGAAACACCAGCAGCCGCAGAGGAAUCAAAAGCCUCGUCAUCAUCGACUUCGAAGAAGAACAAAACAAAAGCAAAAAAAGCUCCAUCCAGCUCUUUAACGUCCACGUCUUCUUCUUCCUCUAGCACGAAAGCUGCCUCUGCUAAGUCACCUAUGCAUGGAUUUCUAGAACUGAAGCUUGCAGCCGAUGCUGAGGAGACGUACAAGAAGUUCCUGCUCAUUAGACGAGAUGCAGAUGAGAAGAACGCGCUAUUUGUGACGCAUUUGGAGGACUUGUCAGAGAGUCAGUUGAAAGCUGUCUUUGUGAAUUUCGGAGAAGUGGAGAAUUUUACCUUGAAGGAACUGGAGCAACGAGCAGCGGCAUUGAGGAAAGAUGGCGUUGUUUCGAAGGUACUUAAAAAUAUUUGAUCAGUGACUCAAUUUUCAAUUAUGCUUACUACCUUUCUUCGACCUCUUAGUUUUUACUUAGUGAGAGCAAUCCUUCACAUCCCAACAACAUCUUACAAUCUAUCCUUUCAUCUCAACAAGUUGAAAUCCCAACAGACCGCCUUCGCCCUUGUCCAUUUCGCCGAUGCCUCUUCGGUAGACCGAUGCAUCGAGAAAGCUACAGAUGGCUUUCCUCUCCUCGUGGGAGGCAUCCGCGAUAAGAACGAGCAAUGUUUGCGUGUGGCGCUCCAAUAUUUGAAGCGUACAUUCUACCCAGACCCGAAAGAAUUGCAAUCGAAAUAUGACGAGUUCAUGCGCUUAUUCGAAAAAGAGCAGAGCAGGAAAGCGGCAGAACGACUACGCAAGGAAACAGAGCCAGACGAAGAUGGGUUCGUUUUGGUCGACAGUAAGAAGAGUUUCAAGCCUGCCUCUACUCCGGGAAGUGGCGUUGGCGGAGCAAAUGGUGCCGCGAAUGCGGCAUUAGCCUUAAUGGGUGCUGACGGAGUAGCGACUGGUGGUAAGAAGAAGAAGAAGCCAAAGGUGCUGGAGAAUUUCUAUAACUUCCAGACGAAGGAACGCCGCAUGCAAGAGAUGAAGCUCGAGGAGCGCGAGUUGGCAGGUGAGAAAAGAAGAAAGUUGGAUUUGGAAGGACUUUCUUAAUAUAUAUGAUGUUGUGAUCAAAUUGUUCUCAAUACCACCUAAUGUUUUCCCCUGCCACUACCUCUGCAAAUGUAUUUAACUCAGAUCAU